AUGAACGACCUUCCUGCAGACCUCAUCUAUUCGUCCGCCCAUAGCCUCCAGCAUGAGUUCGUCACUCGAGCCGCCGUUGGUGGAGAUCCAGCCUCACGACCUCCUGCCUACCGCGCCGUCGGUCUCUCCCUCGCGAUCGCGUCCGGCAUCUUCAUCGGCAUAUCAUUCGUCCUGAAGAAGGUUGGUCUGCUCAAGGCCAACGCGAAAUACAAUGAAGAGGCGGGCGAAGGCUAUGGUUAUUUGAAGAACUUCCACUGGUGGGGUGGCAUGACACUUAUGAUCAUUGGUGAAAUAUGCAACUUUGUGGCAUACGCCUUCGUCGACGCAAUCCUGGUCACGCCAUUGGGUGCGCUGUCCGUGGUGGUCACAACCGUUCUGAGCGCGAUCUUCCUGAAGGAGCGCCUCAGCUUUGUCGGAAAAGUUGGGUGCUUCCUGUGCAUCAUCGGCAGCAUCGUCAUUGUCAUGAACGCACCCGAACAGUCAGCUGUGGCCGACAUUCAGCAGAUGCAACACUUCGUCAUUGCGCCCGGUUUCUUGAGUUACGCCGGUGUCAUCAUCGUCGGGUGCGGCAUCGUGGCAUUCUGGGUUGCGCCCAAGUACGGCAAGAAGAGCAUGCUUGUAUAUCUCAGCAUCUGCAGUCUGAUCGGUGGACUGAGUGUUGUGGCUACGCAGGGUCUUGGAUCGGCCGUCGUCGCGCAGGCUGGUGGCAAAGCGCAGUUCAAUCAGUGGUUCCUCUACGUGCUGCUCGUCUUUGUCGUGGCGACUUUGCUGACCGAGAUCAUCUACCUCAACAAGGCGCUGAACCUCUUCAACGCCGCACUGGUCACGCCAACCUACUACGUCAUGUUCACCAGCGCAACGAUAGUCACGUCAGCCAUUCUAUUUCGAGGAUUCCACGGAACUGGAGUGCAGAUUGCGACUGUCAUCAUGGGGUUUCUGGUGAUCUGCUCCGGCGUGAUUCUGCUUCAGAUGAGCAAGUCUGCGAAAGAUGUGCCUGAUGCGGCAGUGUUCAAGGGUGAUCUCGACCAGAUCAGAGAGAUUGGCGAGCAGGAACAACCAGAAUCAGAACCGAAAGCGGAUGCGCUUCGAGGCACAUCAGCCAUCAUCCGACGACUUUCACAAUCGCGGCGAAAAAUGGAGGAGGAUGAAGCAGACCGACUCCGACGAGAAACGGAUGCAGACCACCUUGAGCCAGUGCGAGAGAACGAGGUUGUCGAAUGGGAUGGGCUAAGAAGGAGAAAGACUGUCAUUGGAGCUCCGGGAAGCGGUAUGCCGCAGAGACGUCAGACUCUUCAUCCGCCGCUUGGUAUGUCCAAGUUUCCGGACCCAGAAGAGGAGCAGGUACGCGAGAGCCACAACUUCUUCGACACAGUGCGGGCGCGGACGCUUAGUGUGAUGCAUCGCGACCACCGCGGAAGUGGAGACAUCGAAGAAGCAAAGAGUCCAGUACCUCUCACAGCCAUCGAUGCGAGAUCGACAAAGCCAGACACCCCGGUAACUGCCUACGGUCCUGGCAGUCUCGCCGAAGCCGAGGAGCAUAUCUAUGGCCUGCCGAAGGGACUAAGACGUCAACAGGACAAAGAAGCAGGCAUCGCAGCCGCUCAGUCACCAAGACUGCCGCAAGACUCCAACUCUCUGAAACCGCAUCAAGAAGCGCGACGACAAUUUUCAUUCAACAACUUCUGGAAUCGCCGUUCUGUCACCCCGAGCGAACCCGAUGCAACACUUUCGCCCAGUCAGCGACCUCGUAUUGCGAGUCGAGCUAGCAGUCAUGAGAGGAGGGCCAACAAGAAUGCGACGGAAGAAGAAAGAAUGGGACUUGUCAAGGGUGAUUCCUCCCACUCCCUGCUGCAUUAUGCAUCACCUGAACGCGUUACACCUGGCGCUCUGGCGCCUAUGAUUGCUGUCCAUUCCCCAAGCAGCUCUGUUUCAUCUACCCACAGCGAUGAAGAUUAUUUUUAUGCCAGCCCCACCCAUUCGCAACGUCCAUCCCAGUAUCGCUAUCCUCACCCACCGCCUUACGAGACAGCAUCUGACUCAGCGCCAAAGACAUUCCCCACGGCGCUACCACCAGCAGCCACGAGAAGUUCACCGAACAACUCUCCCCCAUCACCACCGCCGACACGCUCGUACCACCAGCCAUACCAGCAUGGCGGACCUCAUCCAUCGAGACCCGCGAGGCAAGCCAGUCCGCCCCUCCCACCAUUACCCAUGGCUCAGCCACGAUCCGACACGGCCGCAAGUCAUGCCAGUAGCGACGUCAUCAGGCCAUUCCCAGCCUUUGUCGACGAAGAGCCACCCUUACCACCCCUCCCAACCUUCGAGCAGCUCUCAGAGCCACUCAUCGGUCAAUCAGACGCGGUACCAGGCUCAAGCAGUGGUGUCAAGGAAGACGGUACCAAGAGAAGCAGGAUGGGGAAAUGGCCUAUCGGAAAGAACAACAGAAAAUGA